AUGGCCUCAGCCUACGACGCGCGUCUGCGCCAGAAGGUGGCUGUGAAGAAGCUGUCUCGCCCUUUCCAAUCGCUGAUCCAUGCAAGGAGGACCUACCGGGAGCUGCGCCUACUCAAACACCUGAAGCACGAGAACAUCAUAGGGCUUCUGGACGUCUUCACGCCGGCCACAUCCAUCGAGGAUUUCAGCGAAGUGUACCUGGUGACCACCCUGAUGGGCGCUGACCUGAAUAACAUCGUCAAGUGUCAGGCACUGAGCGAUGAGCAUGUUCAGUUCCUUGUCUACCAGCUGCUACGUGGGCUGAAGUAUAUCCACUCGGCAGGCAUCAUCCACCGGGACCUGAAGCCCAGCAAUGUAGCGGUGAAUGAAGACUGCGAGCUUAGGAUCCUGGACUUUGGGCUAGCGCGCCAAGCUGAUGAGGAGAUGACUGGAUAUGUGGCCACACGUUGGUACCGGGCGCCAGAGAUCAUGCUGAACUGGAUGCACUACAACCAGACAGUGGACAUCUGGUCUGUGGGCUGCAUCAUGGCUGAGCUGAUUCAAGGAAAGGCCCUCUUUCCUGGAAACGACUACAUUGACCAGCUGAAGCGAAUCAUGGAGGUGGUUGGCACACCCAGCCCCGAGGUUCUGGAAAAGAUAUCAUCGGAGCAUGCCCGGACAUACAUACAGUCUCUGCCCCCCAUGCCCCAGAAGGACCUCAGCAGUGUCUUCCAUGGAGCCAACCCUCUGGCUGUAGACCUCCUUGGAAGGAUGCUGGUGCUAGACAGUGACCAAAGGGUCAGUGCAGCUGAAGCCUUGGCCCAUGCAUACUUCAGCCAGUACCAUGACCCUGAUGAUGAGCCAGAGGCUGAGCCCUAUGAUGAAAGUGUUGAGGCCAAGGAGCGCACACUAGAGGAGUGGAAGGAGCUAACUUACCAGGAAGUCCUUAGCUUCAAGCCCCUGGAGCCAUCCCAGCUACCUGGUACCCAUGAGAUUGAACAGUGAGGCAUUGCCCGAGGGGAGGCUUGAGCCUGUCCCCUUUCCUCAGCUCUCCAGUUUUUUUCUCAAAAGGUGCCUCUCAGGCAGCCCUGACACUUAACCUGGGACUCCUUGACGUGAGAGAACUCUACACAUAUACACACACGAAGGCACGAAUGUGUACAUAUGCCUGCCAUUAUGUGUUGGAGCCUGGGCAGUAGUGUUUCUGGGCCUACCUUGAUCCACCCAGGUUCUCCUUGGGACCUCAGUGUGUGGAAUCUGAGUGUGUCCUUGUCUGAAUCACUUCUGCUCUUGAGAACUAUCUGGAUUGGGAAGAAGACAAACAGGCCAUGGCCCCUGGAGACUCUGGGGGUGGGGUGGGAGUCACAGUGGUUGGAGCAGCUCAACCUGGAAGUGUGUGGCUGAAAGCUGAGGCAGGGCCAGUGCCCCCAUCCAACUGAGUGGAGUUAGUUUCCCCUGGUGGUGUCAAGGCAGAGACCAUCACCAGAUAUCUAAUCCGAAAAGCUGGCUGCAGCUUUGUUUGCCUGUGACAUGUGGGCAAAUGGGCAUGAAUGUAUAUUGCUGGUAUACACAUCAGAGAACAUGCAGGCAUGUACUGAUGUGUACGAGCACGUAAGGGUCAGCAGCCAUUUCUGGUAGGGCACCUAAGAUGGAGACA